GGUUGGGUGGUUGGUAAAAUCGCUCGCUGCUCCGGAGCUCAGUGACGAGCCUAGCAUGGCCCAGUCAAAGCCAACUGUGUCAAACGGUGCGGGUGUGCGAAAAAGUAGGCGCUGCGAUUCGUGUAGGUCAGUGCGUGCCAUUCCUCAUCUGCUUACAGCAAUCCUCUGGGAGUAGCAUCAAGCUUUUCAUCGAAGGAAGGAAGAAUUUAUGGCCAAGGCCUCUGCGUUCCCUCCGGGGGUUCAGUGACAAUGAUUUUCCGAUUGCAGUAGUUUGCCAGCGGACCAGUGUCAGUAGGUGAAGCCAGUGUCAAUAAAAACACCGAGCGAAGAUUAGAAUGAAUACAGUGUGGAAACGAGGAAGUGAGUGAAAAUCCUGUGGGUGGUAACUGGGCCAGUCAAUGUGUGAUGUGUGUGCGUGUGGAUGUGUGAUUUGCUAUAGGAAAAAAGUGUAAGCAGUGGAGAGAUAUCCGGCUGUGAAGAUUGAAAUCGAUACCCAGGUGGGUGGUUUUUGCUGGAACCUACGUCGUUCGGAAGGCGUUGGAAGAUUGUGUGUUUGACAGACGUUUUUUCCGCACCCUAUUGUGUGCUGGAAAGGAAUGCGAAAAAUGUUGCAUCCGGAGGACAGUCUCGGGGAGAAAACUGCUUCUUCCUUGGUGGAUGUCAUCAGCUCGGGUCUAUUCAAGUAGAAAUCAAAACCAAUGGACUAGAAGGAGGGAGCAGUGAGGGAAGAGAGUGAGCAGCAGCAGCAGCCUGAGAGCGAGUGAUUUUCUCCACUAGACUAGAAACGACAAAACAUGUAAGAUAAUCUUCCCACGAGUUGAUCAUAUAUCAAACGAAAUACCCCUCCACGUUCGAGCUGCAAUAGUUGUAAUUGUAAGCAGUGUAAGUGUCAAUCAAAAUCAUAAAUCAAUCAAAAAAACAAUAAAACAUGAGGCUUCAAGGAAGCGGCACCAGUCAACAAUCUUCCGACCUUCUACGGCUGUCACACUUUCUCUACCCGAUGAUGUUGCUGAGUGCCUACGUGGACUACGUGGGCCAAGUGGAGGCAAUGGCAGCGGCGUCCCCGGACGGACCACAGCAAAUCGGCAUCAGCUUCGCGCCCCGAUCCGAGCAGGACAAAAAGACGGACGGACUAACGCUGCAACACUUUGGAAUCACAUCAUCGCCGAUGUUUAACGGGAACUCCGGAACCGGAGGAGGAGCUGGAGGAGGAGGAGGAGGCAUCGGUUCGGUCCCAUUCAGUUUUCCCCCGCCGGAUAAUAAGCCCUACUUUGACGACGUCAGCCCGCGGAACGUCACCACGGUGGUGGACGAUACGGCCAUCCUAAAGUGUCGCGUCAAACACAAGGGCAACCGAACGGUGUCCUGGAUGCGCAAGCGGGAUCUGCACAUUCUGACAUCCGGUACGCAUACCUAUACGGGGGAUCAGCGAUUCUCCGUCCAUCACCCACUGGACUCGGACGAUUGGGAUCUGAAGAUAUCGUUUGCCCAGCCACGCGACAGCGGCAUCUACGAGUGUCAGGUGAACACUGAACCGAAGAUCAAUCUGGCGGUGUAUCUACACGUUACAGCUGCCCGAGCAAAGAUUCUCGGUUCACAGGAAGCCCACGUGCGGAAGGGCAGUACCAUCUCCCUGUCCUGUGUGGUCAACUUUCACGCCCCGUCAAUCACCUGGUACCACGGCACAUCGAUUGUCAACUUUGACUCGGCACGCGGAGGCAUCAGCCUGGAAACGGAGAAAACGGACGCCGGCACCAGCAGUCGGUUGCUCCUGACCAAGGCCACAGUCAGCGACUCCGGCAAUUACACGUGCGUCCCAGCGGGGGCCAUCCCAGCCAGCGUCCAGGUGUACGUGCUGAACGGUGAGCAUCCUGCGGCGAUGCAAACAAGUGGACAGAUGGCGCUGCGGUUGGGCUCCGGUUGGCAUCCGUUCGUGGCCGCCGUCGUUGGAGCAACGAUAGCCAUGACAUGGAUGCUGGCCAUUUAUGGGCAAACUUUAACUUUAACGACGACGACGACGACGACGACGGCAGCGAAGGCAACGGCGAUGAUGAUGGUUAGUGAAAAGCGCUUCUGCAGUAGGUGAUCCUGUACAUAAUCAAACAGCUGAGAGAAAGAGAGAUCUUCGUAGAUGAUUGUAAAUUU